CUCAUUAUCUUCUCCAUUCUCUCUCUACAAAUCUCUCUAUAAUCCUGUAGCAAAGCAGUACUAAUAGGAGUAUUUGAUUGCAAACCUCCAAAUCACAAAACUCACAAACUUCCAAACUAAGAGAAUUAUACCAGUUUACCAGAUUUUCCUGCACCUUACCUACAAACUACAACACCACUUCUUCUUUCUCUCUCUUCCUUUCUUUCUUCUUUCUCUCUCCCAUUUAUUUACAGACAAGCAACCUCCAAUAUAUCUAAAUCAUUAAAAAAAAAAGUAAUCCCAAAAAGAAAAAACUUAAUUAAUCAAUAAUCUUGAUUAAUUUUAAAUGGGUAGUAGUACAUCUGAUCAUCUGUUUGUAUUACAGAAAUUAAACUCGGCGUGCUAAUUAGCUCAUGGAAAAACAUACUCCAACUAGCAACUGCAGAUUAGCAUCAUCAACUAAUUUAGAUCUAUCCAACAAAACCAGCUUUUGGUACUUAUUGUUAUUAUUAUUCAUAAUUUUUAUUAAUAUUAAUACUAAUUAUAUUAAUAAUAAUAAGAUAUGACUAUGGUUCCUGCUCCAAAGCUAUCAAAACCCCUUCAUUUUUUUAAUGGUGGUUGUGGUGGUGCUUCUUCUGAUAUGAUCUUGACCCGAUUCACUGAUGGUACUAAAACUUCUGGUGAUGGGUUUGUUCAUCAAGGUUUCAACAAUAACAAAAUCAAUGGUAUUAAUAACUGUGUUUUAGAAUCUGAUUUAGGGAAUUCUAACCAGAAUAAUAAUAAUAAUAAUAAUUUAGUAUUUAUGGCUGAAGAAGAAGAACAUUCUAGAACAUCUAAUACUAGUGUUAAUGAUGCUGCUGCUGCUAUCACUCCUGCUAUUGCAUCUUCUUCUCCAAUCAGAUCAUCACGAGAUGAAACAUCAAAUCUUUCGCCGUAUUCUGAUCAUCAUGAUAAUCAUGAUAGCUGGUUACAGUUAGGUUUAGGAGGGGCGACGACGACUCAUUUAAAGACUGGUGGAGGAAACGGCGGAGGAAGCGGCGGUGGAGGAGGAAGUGGGUCGUCGUUGAUGCUUGAGUUAAACCUAGGAAGUGGGACCCACGGAGGGAUAAGUAUACAUGAAACGACGUCGUUAGAGUCUAGAUCAGUUAUUCCCCAACGUCCACUUGAUUUUAGUAGUAAUCCUUUUGUUUGUCAUCCACAACAUUCAAUGAUUCCUGUACUUCCAUCUUUUUUACAAUCUCAAAUUCUUGUUCCUCAACCAUUAUUAUCAAAUGAUCAUCAUAAUCAACAAUUAAGUUGGGGAUAUGUUAAUCAGAGAACAUUAGCAGUUGGCGGCGGUUGUUCUUCGUUAUCUCCUUCUUCUUCAUCCUCUAUGCCUUCUAUACAACCGGGUCAAACUGAUGGUGGUUCCUUUUUAACCCGCCCAUUUACACCAGCCGGGUCAUCGGUUGAUGCUGCAGAUUCUGAAUAUAGACUUAUUUAUCCUCCUCCAAGAAGACCUCAUUCUGGCAUUUGGUUUACCCUUCAAGCUUCUUUUCCACAAUCACGAGAGCCAUUUUUGCCUCAAGUAUCCAAGAGUUUUCUCAGGAUUAAAGAUGGAAGAAUGACAAUUGGAGUAGUGAAGAAAUAUUUGGCUAACAAGCUUGGAUUGGAUAGCGAAUCUGAGGUAGAAAUAAGAUGUAGAGGGCAUGAACUAUUACCAUUCUUGACGUUGCAGCAUGUAAGAGACAAUAUUUGGAGUCCAAGGGAAGGUGCUGUCACUUUGCUUCCUGAUUCCUCAACCUCUGAUCAUCUUAUGGUUUUAAAUUAUGCUAGAAGUUCCACGUACUUGCUUCCUACCUCUACCUAAUUGUGCUAGCUAAUGCCCUUUUAAUUAAUAAAUUAGUAAUUAAAAACGUACAAUUAUUAUGGAGGUUUAUUUAAUCUCUGAUUAUUUAUUAAUCCUUUAACGUACAACUUCUUGUAUCAAUAUUUUGUUGAUUAAUUAAAUUUAUGUUACUUAGAAAAAGAAAAAAAAAAAAAAAAAACUCUUAACAAUUGUGGCUUUUUAAUUGUAAUUGCCCUAUUAGUUAAUUUGUAGGUUGAAUUAGCUCCUAAUUAAGCACCCAAAAUGAUAUUUGUUUUGAGCUU